UCAGUGUGUGUAUGAUGCGUUGUGUCGUGUUUCUCUCUCGUACACAGACGGCUGGAGGAGGGGAUUUACUUUAAAUCGUCUACAUUCCUUCCAGGGUAUUGCGUAUUUCUGCCCCGCAAUCUUGCGCCUUUUCCUUGGUGUUAGCUCUCGGUCCAGGACAGUCUCACAAUGUUCUACACUUGCGGUCCCAACGAGGCCAUGGUGGUGUCAGGCUGCUGCCGUUCUCCUCCACUCAUGGUUGCCGGAGGACGAGUGUUUGUCAUCCCUUGCAUUCAGCAGAUACAGAGGAUAUCUCUGAAUACUCUGACUCUUAAUGUAAAAAGUGAUAAGGUUUACACCAGGCAUGGUGUCCCCAUCUCAGUGACUGGCAUUGCACAGGUGAAAAUCCAGGGCCAGAAUAAGGAGAUGUUGGCGGCAGCCUGUCAGAUGUUCUUGGGGAAAUCAGAGAUUGAGGUUUCCCAGAUUGCCCUGGAGACACUAGAAGGCCAUCAGAGAGCCAUUAUUGCUCACCUGACUGUGGAGGAGAUCUAUCAGGAUCGUAAGAAGUUUUCCGAGCAAGUGUUCAAGGUGGCGUCUUCUGAUUUGGUGAACAUGGGCAUCGGCGUGGUCAGCUACACGCUUAAAGAUGUUCAUGAUGACCAGGACUACCUGAACUCUCUGGGUAAAGCUCGCACGGCUCAGGUGCAGAGAGACGCCCGCAUCGGAGAGGCUCAAUACAAGAGAGACGCAGUGAUCCGGGAAGCCCAUGCCAUGCAGGAGAAGGUUUCUGCACAGUACAAGAACGAGAUCGAGAUGGCGAAGGCUCAGAGAGACUACGAGCUGAAAAAGGCGGUCUAUGAUAUGGAGGUUAACACUAAAAAAGCAGAGUCUGAGAUGGCCUAUCAGCUUCAGGUGGCCAAGACGAAGCAGAGGAUUGAGGAGGAGAAGAUGCAGGUACAGGUGGUGGAGCGCACUCAGCAGAUCACUCUGCAGGAGCAGGAGAUCACCCGCAAAGAGAAGGAGCUGGAGGCCAAAGUCAAGAAGCCAGCGGAGGCAGAGAAAUACAAGCUGGAGAAACUCGCUGAGGCUGAAAGGCUGCAGCUGAUCAUGGAGGCUGAAGCUGAGGCUGAAUCUAUUAGAAUGAGGGGCGAGGCAGAAGCAUUUGCCACUGAGGCGAAGGGCCGUGCCGAGGCUGAGCAGAUGGCCAAGAAGGCAGAAGCUUUCAAACAGUACAAGGAGGGAGCCAUGGUGGACAUGCUGCUGGAGAAACUGCCCCUGAUGGCGGAAGAGAUCAGCAAGCCGCUCUCGGCAGCUCAGAAAGUCACCAUGGUGUCCAGCGGAGGAUCAGAGGUCGGAGCAGCCAAACUGACAGGAGAGGUCCUGGACAUCAUGGUCCGUCUGCCUCAGACCGUGGAGAAACUGACCGGAGUCAACAUCUCUCAGGCUACCUCCACUCGCAUGGGCUAAAACAGGAAGCUUGGAAAGUGCGGAGAGGAAGCUGUUCACUAAGGGAUGCUGCGGUCACCAGUCGUCCUGUUGCUGUGUAUACCUGCAUGUUAUAAAUGUUCUAGUUGCUGUAGCAUUAUGAUAGUCAUAGGUGUUUUUUUUUAUUUUUUUUUAUUUCUGUUUUUAUAUGCAAGCAUGAGACAUUUAAAUUUAUAUGGAAAAGUCCCCCCAACCCCAAGCUACAUUAUUCAGGUAAUUAGUGUUAGUUGUAUAAGAGUGUGCACCAUUGCUUUUUUUAAAUAUAUAUAUAUAUAUAUAUAUAUAUAUAUAUAUAUAUAUAUAUAAUUUUUAAAUCCUGUGAUUUGUGUUUAAGUAUGCACGUCCGUUAAUAGUUCCUAAAAACCAAAGUGCUUUUAGCCUGUGUAAUCCUCAUUGUCUAACUGUUACUCAAGCUACUGUGUGUACGUGUUUGUGUGCGUACUACUAACGGCUUUACAAAUCUUAAUACUGGUUUAAACAGGAUAAAGUUAUACUCUUAAGUAAAACACACCUAAAUGAAAGCCUUAAGUGAAACAGAAGUGUGUUUUAAGCAGGUAUUGAGAUUUGUACAGUGUGACAAAUGACGUGAUCGCUCUUCCUGCCAUCACACUGCCCUUCUUUUACUGUUCUACUUUCCACUACUGUUCCUGUUUACUGUUGACUAGGAAGCCAGAGCUUCAUUCCUAAGGUCAGUGACCAAAAACUGCAGAUAAUCACAGGUGGAGAGAAAGUGACUGGAUUUGCAGAAAUCUGCAAAGAGCGGUGCAAGGAAGUGUAGUAGAGGAGAGAAAUGAAGUGGGGUAAAGUUGGCCACAUCUACAGUAAGUGAAACCUGUUUAAUGUAGGUCAAGUCGUGAGGGGGGAAAUUUUACUCAUUCAACCAUAACCUCAAAAAAAAAAAAAAAAAAAAAAGGUUUUCUUUGUUAUGGAGAGAAAGAGAAUCGUGCCUCUGUUUAGUCUCAAACUGAAGUGCGAUUUGUUAGCUAUUACUACAAGGUUUAUCUGCAGCGUCUGCCUUCAGUUAUCACCAAGUGCCUGAAUACACACGUUCAUGCAUCGAUUCAAAGUAACAUCUGCGUAGCAUGCAUGCAUCAAUCAUAGCCCACAUCUGUACAGAAUCAAAAUGUACUGUUUUGAUUUUUUUUUUAAUGCAAAAUUGCCACUCUAUUACCUUGUAGUGUUUGUGUCAAUCAUUUUUUGCAUUUGUGUUUUAUACAUUAUCACAUACUAAACUCCUCAAAAUAUGUUGUCACUGUAUACAAGACUAUAUAUAUAUAAAGGCAACGCUGUAUGACUGUUCGGGUUAUUUUAAAAAUAAACUAAAUUCACUGAA